AGUUAGCCGGAAACUAACUGCCUGGGUUGGGAAGAAUUUUUUCCUUCUUCAAUAAAGAAACUAUCAAGAACACACCAUUGUAUCUUUGUGUGAGGAGCCCAUAAGAUCUGAAGAUGGCCCAAGAGGAGGGUGAAUUGCCAAGACACCCACUCAGAGAAAAACUGGAGAUGGAUGAAAAAUUCCAGUUUCUUCAGUGUGAGGGAUGCCAGUCAAAGGUUGAGAACCCCAAACUCCUGCCUUGCCUUCAUAAUCUCUGCACCGAAUGCCUUCAGGAAACCAAACACACCGGCUUCUGUGUUACCUGCCAGGCCCCACAUUCCCAAAAUGCUGAACUCCCUGAACUUCAGGACAACUUGCUUUUCUCAAAGCUGCAAGCCACCUUGAGCAUCUACCAGAAGAUCAUGGAGGGGAACGACUUAACCUGCGACUGUGAGAAAGAAGGCCAGUUGUGGUGUUCGGACUGUGCGUCAUUUCUCUGCCACUCAUGUUUUGAAAGCCACCAGAGAUUCCUAAAGGGAGAAAACCAUGAAGCCAGGCUCCUGGGGGAUAUUCGGGCAGAAACAAGCCACAAAUUUCUCUCAAAGAACUGGAAACAGAGUGCGCUCUUCUGCCCCAAGACAGGACACCAGAAAAAGAUUCUAAGCAUCUACUGCCAAGAAUGCCAGCAGUUCUUGUGCUGUACUUGUGCAGUGCUGGACUUUGGGCAUGUGGGGAAGCAAUGUGAUAUCAGAGAAGAAAUCCAGAAGAGGCAAGAAGAACUCCAGGCCAUGAGCAUGGAGUUGAAGGAGAAGAAGCAGAGCUUUGAGGACACCAGGACCAAUCUCGAGGAACAGCGCAAGGAAAUGGAGGAUGUGAAUCAGAAGACCAAAGAACAAAUCUGUCAAAAGGUGGAGGAGAUGGUACAGGUGCUGCGAGAGAAGGAGGCGACAUUCCUAGAGGAAAUUGAGGAGCAACACAAACAACAAAUCCAAGAUGUGGAGAUGAAGCUACAGGACUUGGAGGGUGUGCUCAAGAGACUGGACUCCAGUGUAAAGCUGGUGGAGAAGAUGGACCUCUAUGCCUCUGACCAACAGUUCUUGGAGAUGCAUCCCUUCAUCCGAGGCUCUCUGGAAAACCUCCAACAGAAGCAACCACCAGCUGUGGACUCCCAGAUCGAAGCGGCAGACUCUGUAGAGGUUAAAAAACAGCUCCAGGCUUUGUUUGAAAGGGUGACCAAAGACAAAGAAGAUGUUCCAUCGACACUUGAAAUGACAUCUGGGCAGGACCAUGUUGUAAAAUCGCCAGCAAAAAGGACGUAUUUAGGAGACGAAACGGCCACCCCGACUCCACCAAAAGUGAUCAAAACUGAAUGGGAGGCAAGUGAAGGGAUAGAAGAACCAGUCAGCCCUGCAAGCUGCAGUUUGCUGGAACAACUGGGGACUGGCUCUGAAUCUGCAGGAUGUGGCCAGGCCACAAGAAGCGCAGAUAACACAGAAGGAAGCACCAUCAGUUACCAGAGGAGAGACAGUUCAUCUACAGAGAUCUCUGAUGCAGGAACACUGACACUGGGAGGAUCUUCUGAUGACCUUGAUGGGCUAGGAGGACUCUCUACAGAGGAACAAUAUACUUUAAGGGUCCAGCCACCAUGCCAAGCCAGGCAAUCCACUCCUACCGAAGUGCUCCCAAGCAUGCCCCCUUCCCCUGUGUUGGACUUAUCUCUUGCAGGGUUGUAUGAACAGUCUCCAAGGCAAUUGGACAUUGUUCACAAGGAGUUCUAUGCUUGCGAAGACCCAUGCACAGAGCCACCCCCUCAACUAGCAGAGGGAAAUGAUGCCAAGGACUUUCAUCUUGGUCACAGCAGUGGAUGGCUGUUGCCCAGAAGUGGCCAGAACACUGGGUCAUCUGAAGACGGGAGUGGCAGGACAACAGUCAACAUAAUGGAGGAGGAGGAAGAGCAGCAAGGGUGGUUGGGAGAAAGGUAUGAUCCUCCCACAGCUGCGGAUCUCAUGUUCCAGGAGCAGCCCUUAGAGGCCGAAGGGUGCCAGGAGAUUGAGGGAGGAGUUGACCCAACACUUUUAUCACAUGCCCCAAAUUCCCAGCUUCCAGUACGAUUGCCUCAGUAUAUAUAUCCGCUUUGGGCUCCGGUGGACUGGGGGUGGCUAGAAGGGGUCCAGACGUGGCAAGAGGCUUUCCGGGAAGUUCUCCGCAUUUUCUAUGGAUAUAUGGGCACCUUGUCAGCACAGCUGGAAAGUUUUAAGAUUGCCAUAGAAAGGCAGAAUAGUAGCGUGGCAGAGGAGUUCAAGGAAGUACAUGAGUCUCUGGCGUCUCUCAUGGACCUGGGGAGGAAUAUGAACAGCGAGAUCACCCAGUUGUCCCCCUUGAUCCAAGAAGCUUUACACCCAGCUGACGCUGUUCCUGGGAGCUUCUUUCAUUUGGCCACCACUUGGCAGCUUCUUUUCCAUAGGAAGAGGAACCGCCCUCUUCUCAAUGCCUGUCUUGCCAUACCAUCUCUGGCUGGGUGCAAUGGCACUGGUGGUGUGAGGAGAGAUUGCCAGUGUGAUGCUUUCCUACAGCAUUUGUCCCAUUUGAAUUGAUUGCACAUUACGAGGAUGCUGUGAUCUUUGAUGUUGGACUCCAUGAGUGUGGCAGCAGCUUGCAGAUGACUCUGGAGUCCCUGGUCUACAGUAUAAGCCUCUACUAUCACCCGAAUUCUGGAAACAACCCUGUUGUCAUCAGGACCAGCCCAG